GUCUAGGGAAGAGGCUCUCAAACAGCCUUAGAUGAUUAUGGAUUUUCUGAGCGAGAAGUUUGCCCUGAAGAGCCAGCCGAGCAAGAACAGUGACUUUUACAUGGGAGCAGGAGGCACUUUGGAGCACGUUAUGGAAACUUUGGACAAUGAGUCCUUUUAUAGCAAAACGUCAGGCAGCAAAUGCGUGCAGGCCUUCAACCCUCUGCAAAGGGCUGAGCAUCAUGUGAGGCUGGAGAGGACGUCGCCCUGCCAGGACAACAACGUGAACUAUGGGAUUACUAAAGUGGAAGGACAGCCUCUGCACACAGAGCUGAGCAGGCCCAUGGACAAUUGCAACAAUCUCAGGAUGUCUCCGGUGAAAGGGAUGCAGGAGAAGGGGGAACUGGAUGAACUUGGUGAUAAGUGUGACAGCAAUGUCUCCAGCAGUAAGAAGAGGAGACACAGGACAACUUUCACCAGUUUGCAGCUGGAGGAACUGGAGAAAGUAUUCCAGAAAACUCACUACCCUGAUGUCUAUGUAAGAGAACAGCUAGCUCUGAGAACAGAGCUCACUGAGGCCAGAGUCCAGGUUUGGUUCCAGAAUCGAAGAGCAAAAUGGAGGAAAAGAGAACGCUAUGGUCAGAUCCAGCAAGCUAAGAGCCAUUUUGCUGCCACCUAUGAUAUAUCUGUUCUUCCAAGGACUGACAGCUACCCUCAGAUUCAGAACAAUCUGUGGGCAGGGAACACGGCUAGCGGUUCUGUGGUCACUUCCUGCAUGCUACCACGAGAUACGUCCUCCUGUAUGACACCUUAUUCCCAUUCACCCCGGACAGAUUCUGGCUACACAGGUUUUUCAAACCACCAGAAUCAGUUCAGCCACGUGCCCCUCAAUAAUUUUUUCACUGACUCUUUACUUUCUGGGGCAAGCAAUGGACAUGCUUUUGAAACCAAGCCGGAGUUUGAAAGGAGGUCCUCCAGCAUUGCAGUUCUACGGAUGAAAGCCAAAGAGCAUGCUGCCAAUAUUUCCUGGGCCAUGUAAUAUAGCAGUACCCUUUCUUCAUUUCCUUUUUUUUUUUUUAAUAGCAAACUGAAAACAUUCUUAUUUCCCAUAUUUAAAGGACACAACAAUAAGCUGCUGUGUGUGGAAUGCUAGAAAUCACAAUAUACACAAUGUCUGCUUAAACAAAUGCAAUAUAAUAUUUAACAAUAAAAAAAGAAUAAACCAAAUAGAUUUACCAUGCGUCAAGCUCAACAAGCCCUCUUUGUUUUGGUUUUUAUAUAGAAAUAUGUUUUGUUGUACCAGUUGAUGAAAUAUGAUUAUAAAACCUGCAAAAAAGAAUAAAACUAUUAA